UUUUUCAACGGCGUGCUUGCAAUUGUCCCUCGCUGCUAUGAGGUCUUGUCGGUUUUUAUUGAUCGUGUUGGCUCUGCUAGUAGUUGGGCUGCACGCGACAGACUUGACCGUUUCAAUAUAUUGCUGACAACUCAUGGCAAGAUCGCCUGCGAUGAGCAACUGUUUUCUGACUGCUCAUUCAACAACACUUCAUGCUUUUGCGCCAGCAGUUCGCGUCCCUCCUCGCUGUUGGACUGUGUCUCGAGCAACUGCACAACAAAGGAGUAUUUUUCUACAUAUAAAUUGUAUGAGAAAGAAUGUGACAUCACCCCACUCCAAGGCCCUCCCAUCAUUAGCGCCUCCACGCUGGUUCCUUUUAUCUUGGCAACAUUUUUCUUUAUUGCGAGAAUAUUGGCCAAGAGCAGUGGUCUUGCAGGUGGGUGGGGAUGGGACCACUAUACUAUUAUCGUUGCAUAUGUAAGCUAUUCUCUUUCCUCAAUGUGGUAUGGGCGGGUUCUAAAAGACUCGCAGAUACUAGGCGUUGCCAUCUACGUUCUAAACGUCUACAGGAUCCAUUUCGGCUUUGGCCGCAAUAUCUGGGACGUGCCUUUUCCUACCAUCACCAAGUUCUACCAGUGCUUCCAAGCCUUCGCCGUGAUGUACAAGAUCCAAAUUUCUCUUGCAAAGAUUUCCGUCUGCCUAUUCCUCCUCCGGAUCUUCCAAACCCGCUCGUUCCGAUACCUCGCAUACGCGCUCAUUGCCGUCAACGCCGCCAUCGGCAUCAUCUGGGCCUUUGUGGACUCCUUCCGCUGCGUGCCCACCCGUCUGAUGUGGACUGGGUGGACAAAUGAGGAAUCUGGGAAAUGCAUUAACUUCAUCGUCUCCAUAUUGAUCAAUUGUCUAGUCAAUAUCUUUGUCGACUCAGUCUUGAUUCUAAUGCCGGUAUGGGAGGUGGCCAAAUUGCAGUUGCCUCUGCGAAAGAAGCUUGCUGUGGCAUUGAUGUUUGCCGUGGGGUCGGUACUCACAAUAAUCGCCGUUAUUCGAGUCGUCGUCUUCUGGAAUCACCGAUGGGGCAUCAAUCAGACUCUGGGUCUCUACCCCUUAAUCCACUGGUCCAUUAUCGAAGUCCAGAUCUCCGUCAUGUGUGCCUGCUUGCCUGCCUCCAGAGCUCUCAUUGGCCGCUGGUUUCCUGGCUUGGUUGGAUCUGCGCGCCGAACGUACGCGUCGCACACAAAGAAGGGUUACAACAGACAUACUGGAGGCAACAGCAACAUCAACAUGUCUGUCAGCUAUUCUGUAAAUUAUACAGCUCGAUCGGGAGCAAAUAGUGUGGCAGAGUUGGUUGAUCUGGACACGAAGCAUCGUUCGUGA